UAGAUGUUGAAAAUCUUCAGCUCUGAUAAGUGAACAGGCCAACGCCUAAACCACUAAGCCAACUAUUGAAAUUGGAUCUACUAUUCAUUAUAUUUAAAGAGCAACUACAUCAAGAUCAAAUGAUUAUGAUUAGGUGUUUAGGAUUAGGUGGAGGGACCUCUACCUCUGCUAUCCGGACAAGAGGAAUCCGCGUGGCUCUUCUUUUCUGUCAUCUUGGUUCAAGCAUAUCGAGUGCACUCGAACAAAAAGGACAGCCUUCUGCACCAGCUGCAGUGCUAGCUACGAAUGGAAAACAACAUCAAUCACAAUCUAAUAUUUUAUCGACUUCGACGAGGACGAAAGAAACAAUUCCAAUUUCUGCAUCCACAACUACACCUUCUUCUACAAGGGACAACUCCUUUACGACAAUGACCAGAACACAACUCGGAGAAGCUCCUGAACCUGAAGCUGCGAAUCUUACGGCAAGUCAUGUAGUUGCACUUCCACUUCUUUCAGAAAAUCAUGUAGAAGUUGCACUUCCAGCAGAACCUAGGGAUGGUGAAGCUGCUAAAAGAACAAGAGACUCAUGGACAUGGAAUGUAGAUCCAGCAGAGGCAAGUCGAUUUCGGAUGCUGCAGGAAGAUGCCACUGGCAAUAAUGCCACGAAUGCCACAACUAUUGUUAAGACCCAUGAUUAAGAUAAUUCAUCUUGAAUCAAGGACUGCUGAGGGAGUACUUCUACAUAAAAAUACAUAGUUGUCAUAGUCUUUCCCUGCUCAGUGUGAGUUUCCCUCUUGGAUUCAUCUGAGAGUAUGGCCCUGUAAGAGAUGAAAUAUUUUGAGCGCUAAUGUUGCUCCUACGACAACUCUUGCGCCUGUGCCUGUGGUCAGAGUUUCUGAAGAAGACGCUGACGACACUUUGUGGAUUGCAGUUGUAAUCCUACUGGUAGCGUUCUUCAUCAUCAUUCUCAUCGUGGCGUUCAUGUGUCAUCGUUUAAGGCAAAGGCUUUUUGUAUUGCAAUGAUAUUCCAAAAUUGUGUAAUGAUACUCCAAAAUUGUGCAUUGCUAUUUUGUAUUUGUGUGAUUCCAGCAUGUUGAUCCACCGUCACGGGCGUGGUCCGUUUUUUUCUUUAAAUCUAGAAGAGAAGAUGAAAAAAGGGGAAGUAUCCACGACCCUUGGAAUGCUUUAUAGGGCUUAGGGUUUAGGCCAUCAGCUAUGUUGCCUGUUUAAAGGCCAAGGACAAGAUUGUUGACCAGACGGGUCCUCCUGAAAAGAAGAUGAAAUACUUAUGUAGACAUCCACGAAUUAACCACAUUGCAACACCAACAAGAAGAGUCACGACUUCUAAUUUCCAAGGCCCUAGACCGAAUGGAGCAAGCGCAAUAUAGAGCAGACGGACGAGCGUACAUGGACCAUGCGUCAGAAGCUCACCAUUUCCGGGAUGUAUAUGACACUCAUGCAUUGGGGUAUGCACCUGCAGCAAGCUUACAAGGUUCCCAAAUGGUAAUGUUAAGGCACCAUCCUCCACAAAGAGAAAUCUAUAAAUUAUAUCUCGUGUCCUCCAUCUCGAUCUUCUUGUCCCAGAGUACCUCGUCCAGGAACAUCUUGGCUCCUUGUCCUUACAAUCAGACAAAUCUAGUCUUUUCACAAUUGAAUUCUCUGAAGAAAGAACAGUGGGCCAAGGUGUUGGUCGUUCUCCGAUGAGAUGGAAAUGGAUUUCUGCUUGUCGGUUCUAAAAUUGGCAAGUCAGGCAGGCUGGAGCUAUAAUGCAGCUGUUUAUGCAAUGAGUGACACGACACGGGUUAGAAAAGGUUUGAGCGAAGGUCCACCAAGGAUGAAAGGAGGAUCGCAGCCGAAAAGUCUUUUCGGAAAUAAAACUGCUUUGACAAUGGGCAAAGGACCUAGGAAAGCGGGAGCAGCACCUGGAGAAGAUGCUGUUCCAACAGCUAAGGGCAAGGGGAAGGGUAUGAAAAAAGGUAAAGGCAAAGGUGGAAAAUUUUUGAGAAAAUAGGCGUGAAGAAAGAACUUGUAGUAAGAAGUAGUUGUGCUUCUCAAAUCGGACAGGAAUUUGGAAUUGGAACAACUACGAAGAGGAACAUCAACAACAAGGGAUAUUAGAUGCAGGUCUUUAUUAAUCAUCCGCCACUACUAUGUCUGUGUGCACACUCAAGGGGUAAUAUAGCAUCUUUAAUUAGAGGUCUUGCUAGUUCUUGGCAUGAUAUUCUUUUUGAUACACAAUCAAAAUGAUGCACCAUCUAGAUUUUCAUCCUUUUGAUCCUGCAGCUGACGACGUGUGAAAUAAGAUGAAGAUUGGAAAUUGAUU